CGUCCCGCCCCGAGCAGAGGGCGCAGCCCCCAGCCGGGCAGGCCCCAAGCGGCAGUUGGGCGGUUAGGAGUGGCGCCGCUCCCUCCUACGCAGUGGACUCCUUCGAGGCGGAAAACUUGCCAUGUCGGCUGCGGAGGCGGGAGGUGUUUUCCGCAGAGCUCGGGGCAGGACCCUGGACGCGUUUUCCUCAGAAAAGGAAAGGGAAUGGAAAGGCCCGUUCUACUUCAUCCAAGGUGCAGACCCACAGUUCGGACUGAUGAAGGCCUGGUCCACUGGGGACUGUGACAGCGGCGGCGACGAGUGGCAGCAGGAGAUCCGUCUGACUGAGCAGGCCGUCCAGGCCAUCAACAAGCUGAGCCCCAAGCCCAAGUUCUUUGUUCUGUGCGGGGACCUUGUCCAUGCCAUGCCCGGGACAUCCUGGCGGAAGGAGCAGACGGAGGACCUGCAGCGGGUGCUCAGAACCGUGGACAGCGAGAUCCCACUGGUCCUUGUCAGCGGCAACCAUGACGUGGGCAAUGUCCCCACCCCCGAGACCAUCGCGGAGUUCCAGCAGACUUGGGGAGAUGACUAUUUCAGCUUCUGGGUUGGGGGCGUCCUGUUCCUCGUCCUCAACUCCCAGUUCUUAUACGAUGCCUCCAUGUGCCCUGCCUUGAAGCAGGCCCAGGACCAGUGGCUGGACCAGCAGCUGAGCAUCGCAGGGCAGCGGAAGUGCCAGCACGCCAUCGUCUUCCAGCACAUCCCGCUGUUCCUGCAGAGCGUCGACGAGGACGACAGCUACUUCAACCUCACCAAGCUGGUGCGGAAGGAGGUGGCAGACAAGUUCUCCCGAGCAGUCCCAGGUCAGGCACAAGCAAAGAACUGGAAGAAGCUGAGGGUGUGUUUAGGUCGAAGCCACCCUCUCCAGGAAGCCUUCUUACUGGGCCCCAGCAUCAUCCGUGAUCUGUGGCACUUUGGACCUCCAGGGUGGUAGACAGAGCAUCUACUUCUGAGUCAGUCUGAUCUAGGUAACAAAUCCUAGCUGUGUGACCCUGGACAAGUUACUUAACCUCUCUGUGCCUGAUCCCAUCAUCUGUAAAAGGGGACAGUAUCUUCCUCGUGGGGGUCCUUACGAGGCUUACCUGAGAUGAUGCACGUGCAAAGUGCUCAGCUCAGAGCAGAUAUUCUGUAAAUAAAACACCGCUAAACCGUGUUAUUUUUACUUUCUGCAUUUUAUUAUGAAAGCACUUUACAGUACUACCCAGCUGUAGACUUUAAGCUCUUGAUUGCUAGGAAUGGUUGAUCUGGGUGCCCCGCUAGGCUCCACCAACACCUGGCAUCGAGAGGGAGCUCUGCAAAUGUUUAUUGCCUCGAAUUGACUGAAGAAACAGCAUUCUGCCUCAGCCGAAGAACGGGGAGCAGGCCGUUGCCUUUCUCCACAGUCCCUGGCAGCCAUGGGCCAUGGACACUUAGGCAUCUGGAAAGAUACCUGCCAGGAAAAUUCUGAGCCUGAUUAUACUGGAAUCUAUAACUCCCAAAUUGGCAACUCAAAAUCGUAAUUUAAUAUGAAGAAUGUCAUACUGAAUGAGUCAGGUGGGCCUUAACUCCGAUAUUGGAUCAGCAGCUGACGUUCCAGCCCUGCCUAAGAAACAUCUGCUUCUCCCCCUUUGCCUCACAGCCAUCCCAGGCCACUGGCCGCCA